AUGACCGAAAUUAGAAGGAAGCUUGUCAUUGUCGGCGAUGGUGCAUGCGGAAAGACCUGUCUUUUGAUUGUCUUCUCUAAGGGAACUUUCCCUGAGUUCUACGUGCCCACCGUUUUUGAGAACUACGUUGCUGAUGUUGAAGUGGACGGAAAACACGUGGAACUGGCUCUGUGGGAUACUGCAGGCCAGGAAGAUUAUGAUCGUUUGCGUCCUUUAUCAUAUCCUGAUUCUCAUGUUAUCUUGAUUUGUUUUGCCGUUGACUCUCCCGAUUCUUUGGAAAACGUUCAAGAAAAGUGGAUUUCUGAAGUGCUUCACUUCUGCCAAGGUCUCCCAAUUUUGCUCGUUGGUUGUAAGAUGGAUCUGCGAGAGGAUCCCGGCACCAUCGAAGAGCUUAGAAAGAACUCUCAGAGACCCGUGAGCUAUGAAGAGGGUGUUGCGGUGGCUCAGAGAAUCAGCGCUUACAAGUAUCUCGAAUGUUCGGCCAAAACUGGUCACGGCGUCCGUGAAGUUUUCGAACAUGCCACCAGAGCCGCUUUGAUGGUGAGCAAAAAGAAGAAAUCCAAGGGCUGUGUUGUUUUGUGA